GGAAUCUCGAUUCCAAGUCGCAAAGGAGGGAGGGAGUGAGCGAUAGCAGUGAAGAAGCAUUUCGGAGUAGGGUUUUGAUGAUCGUGGUGGACUCCCUUCCUCCAUCGCAAUCGUGCAUUCCUCGAGGCUCUCUUGUUGUCGUUGUUGUAGCUGUUUACUUGGUGCUGCAUAUGAUGCUCUUCUUGUAAGGGCAGAGUAGAAUGCAGCGAUUGACAGUGUGGAGCCUCUGUAGGUAGGGCUCUUGCACGCUCAUCGAAUUGGAGCAGUAGCGGUGACGAAGAGGAAUCAUCCCUGGAGUUGAUAGCGUCUCGUUUCGUGCGUGCGGUAGGACUCAGAACGGUCUGGUUUGUUUGUUUGAGAAUUUGGUUAGAAAAUUUAGGGAGUUUUUUUUUAUUCCCUUGGCCAUUGAUUUCGCUGGCGGAGUUUUGGUUUCGUUGGUGGUAGUGACCACGGGGAAGAGUGGCCCGAUGGGUUCCAGAUGUUUGUUGUUUCUGGUGUGCUGCAUUUUCGUGAGCUGGGCCGUUAUUGGGACAGCUGUAGUACGAGGGGAGGAGUUUGAGGGGUUCUCGGAGGAUGGACUUGAAAAAGAGGAGCUGGAUGCUCCGUUUGUGGCGCCCGUGAGGUCAACCAAGACGCAGGCCUCGUCGGGAGGUGGUUCGAAUGUCGAUGAGAAUGUUGGUUCGUCCAAGCAAGCGAACAAGAAGGAGGAUGCGCGGAGCUGGAGGAUGGAUUCUAUGGAGUAUUGGGACGAGGACGAGUUCGAAGGAUUGCCUGUGGAGGAAGAGGCGAAGGUAGAGAGCACUCCCGCUGCUUCUGCCGAUAGCUUGGAGGAGAAGGUUUCGGGAACUGAGGAUGCCAAGGAGAAGUCUACCAAGACGCGGAGCCUGUUCUCCCCUUAUUUGGAGGUGUUAGGUGUGAUCUUUUUCUUGAUCUAUGGGGUUGUGUUUUGGUUCGGAAGAAAGGAGAAUGAGAAGAUCGCUCUCGCGUGGGCGACAGAAUUUGCAGGGACGGAUGCCAUUUUAGAGAAGAACUUCAGCAUGAUCGGUUUUGGAGAUAAACCGGAAGCUCCCUCCUUGAUUAAGGAAGGACAGAACACUUUCAAGUUCUACGCCAGUGGCAGAAGGUACUGCGAAUCUCUUAUGGCCACUCUGGUUCUCAAAAAUCGUCAGGAUCUUCUCUGUCGAUUAGUAUACCUCGUCUUUCCUGUCAAGGAUGAAAUCACCUUUCAAAUCAACAUGAACGAAGACGCCAUGGAACCGGUCGUCUUCGCAUUGACUCACAAGAAGAAGGCUAAGGACUCUCAGCGGGAUUUGAAGGAUCUUCAGCAAUUCGCUACAGUUCUCAAUACCCCUUCUAGCCGUAAGUGGGUCUCAGAAGAUCUGGCAGUUAUUAGCGAGUCACGUGAGCUCGCCUACGACCUACUACCCGAACUGCUGUUGGAUCAGGUGUUCGGAGACAAGGCAUUCAAAGCCUAUGCACCCUACUUCGUCUCCUUGCAUUUCUCAGAUCAGUUCCCCGAAUCCAAGCAUAAGAAAGUUUUGCAGUUCACCUUCAACAUUCCGUCUUUGGAAAAACUUACCGAGAUGAAGCAUCUGAUCGCCCUGGUUCCGUACUUCAUCGACAUUAUGGGGAGGUAUAGAAUGGGAUCUGCUGCCAAGACUAAAGCGACCACAAUUCGGGAGAAAAUCAGAGCGGAGGAGUACAAGGAAGCUUGGAGACUACGGCAGGAAGUUCUUCAGAAAAAGAAAUCUGAACAGCAAACUCCCAUGUCAAGUAAAAAGGAGGAGAAAGAACGGUUAAGACAGCUUAAGAAAGCCAUGCCUAAGGUCAAGAUGUCCAGAGGCCACUGAGUUGCUGCUUGUACCUCUUCAAUCUGCGAAGUCUAUGCACCUCCAAGGCGAGAUGAGUCUUCUGCUUGUUUUGGAUCCCAACUGAUGGUGAAUGCGGAGGUUGCUCCAAAGAUUUCCAGUAUCUUAGAUGCUCUUGUUUGAAAUCAGUAACGCGCAUUUCUUUCGAAGGGAUUCUUCCAGUUGAUAGUGUUUGUGGAGAUUACGGCUUUUAGUUCAUCUAUCUUUGCAGAGGAUUGUAGAGCUAACAUAGCAGUGCAGAGUGCGUGAACCUGCGUUUAUUUUCGGUAGAUUCAGAUGGUUGGCAGAGAGGCUUUUAAUUUAUCCUCAAUUGGUUUUACAUCCCGGAUUGAUAUCUAGACCUGCUUUAAAUUAGGUCAGUUAAUCACAUUCAUGGUAUUGCAAUUCCAUGCUUGUCACGAGUAUGAUUCACCGUGUAAUAGUGCGAAGAAUUGGUUUCUGCACCCCUAAGUUGAAAGUGAACGUCGGGAGCAUGAAUUUAUUGA